AAAGGGGGCAGGCGGGGCCAGAGGAGGCGAGGCGAGGCGAGGCGAGGCCGCUCCGGCGGCAGGCACACUCGAGGUGGUUGCCAGUCAUGACUGCGGCGGGCGAGUCCAAGAGGGGCAAGAUGGGCGCCGGGACCAAGGCGGCGCUGGUUCUGCUGGCCCUGUGGGCCGUCAUCUCUCUGGUGGUCAUCGUGGUCUGGUCCACGUCUCCCGACCUGAAGAGUUCGGCCCGGUGCCGCCAGGACCUGCGGGAGACCCGCGAGAAGAACUUGGGCGCCGAGGCGUUGUGGGCCCAAGACAGGGACGAGCUGGAGGAGCGGCUCAGGGUGGCCCGCGAACGCCACGAGCGCCAGGAGGCGGCGCUGGCCGCGCUGGCGCAGCGACUGCACGCCGCCAACCGGACCCUGGAGGAGUGCCGCGCGCACCAGGCGGUCCUUAUGGCCAACAUCAGCGUGCUGCAGGAGGAGGCGGAGCUUAUGCAGCAGACUCAGCUCAACCUGACCAAUCGGCUGAAGCUUCAAGAAGACCACGUGGAGGUGCUGGAGCACAACUUGACUCAGAGCGGCCACCGGGCGGCGGCCUGCUCCAGCCUGAAGGCGGCCGCCGACAACCGCGCAGACGCCGCGCAGACUCAGACCCGCGCCUGCGAGGCCGACCGCGACUUCCUGCGCAAACAGCUCGUGAAGUGUCAAGAAGCCCAGCCAGAAAGUGCGAAGCCUCCACACAGCCACCGGGACCCGGCGCCUCCCGGGUCGAGGUCCGGCGGGCUCUCGGCUGCGCCCGGCGUGGUUGCGCUGGCGUUCUGGGCCCGCCUCGUCGUCUCCUGAGGGGAACCUGACGAGGGGCAACGGCCGCACAACCGCAAGCAAGCACUGAAGUCCGGGGGGGCCGUAGGGACUACGACUGCUGUACAAACACACACACACACACACACACUGCUGUUUCGCUCAGCUGCAGACAACUUUGCUGUCACCAGACGUCGCUAUUUAUCGGACAAAUGCAAUACAUGCUAGUUAGCAUACUAAAGACUGUAUACGGGAACUGGACUAGCUGCGACCUGGACUGGACUCGUCUCAAGUUUCUGAAUGUCACCGUUCGGAACUCCUCUUCGAAACAUUGAAAUCGACUCGGAAUCCGAUGUACGAACACGUCAUGCGCCGCAUCAGGCCAGCUCACCGAUGUGGCGACAUGGCGGCCAUGUUGGUGGGGGCAAGCUUCCCACCUUAGGCAACGCGUGGACUUAAGAACGAAGUCAUGACUUGCUCAAUUCCUCAACCAUUUUAAUGUGGGUUUUCGUUUUGUUUUUGUUUUUUUUUUUUGUUUGUUUUGGCAUCGCCAUAGUGUGUGCCACCCAAAUUAUUUUCUCCGCGGGAAAUGUUAGUUGCAGUUCCCCUGUCGUAAUUUUACGGCGUUGUACACAAUGCGGCAUCGUGAUUUUCCUCUUUCCCUUUUCUUGCCAUCCGCUCUGACGACUUUGACCCUCCUAGCUUAGGUCAAAACGGGCGCGUCGUCCGUCUGCCUGUCGAUAUCGAGGAGCGUCUCUGCGGCUUCAUCCGGGAUUGCGGUUUGGCGUGGAGAUAAAAAGCAGCACGAUUUGGUUAAUGUCGCUCGUAUGCGAGUUGGAUCGCAAAAUGUCCGGCAAAAGGGAAAUGAUGGGAAAUGGUUGCGUGCGGCACAGCUGCGGUCAGCCUGAUAGCUCUUCAAACGCGUUUCGUUGACGCUAUUUUGUCCAAGUCGACUUGAGCGUGCCCGAUGACGAUGACGACCGUUAAGACCCACGUUUGCAGACUUGACCGGGACUAACCGACGAGGUGACACUUGAAGUAGCAACGUGACGACAGGCCGCCGUCUUUGCGGCCCAUUUCGUUGCUCUUCUCGCCGGGAAUUUAGCAUUUGCAGCAUUCCAGUGCCGAGGGCGAGUUCCGAGCAUCACGCGUCCGCUUUGACCCUCUCGAAAUUAGUCAGCCAGUGGAAAAAAGGGCUUCCCCGAGCCGCAGACCAACGGAAAGGGUCGAGGUUCCUUCGUUUCUUUCCCUCCCCAAAAAGAAAAGUCCAUUUCUCUGGAAUCGUGGCCGUUUUGCAGGCUCUCGUCACGCUACCGGCCAAGGACCACGCGGGGCUCCCAUUCCGAAGCAAACUUUGACGCGCAACGACGACUUUCCCACUGUGGGCCGAGCCAUUCGGUCGCCCCGGUGGCCACGCCGAGUACUACUAAACGCUAACAAGUGUAACUCGUGUCUUUUUCUUUCGCUUUCAAGACUGACAUCUUUUUAUGCUCCAUUCACAAAAGAACUUUAUCUCCUGCUUUCCCACCAUGCACUGGGCCCGAUGCUUUUCAUGGGAAAGGAAUUGAGUCCGCUUGCACCGCUUGAAGCGCUUUAGAGGCACUCACCCAUUUCACGCGCGCGGCGACACUUGCGCAGCGGGCGGGCGGAUCGGAAGCGCCGACUCUUCGCUGGAGCCGCGCCCCCCCCCCCCCCGGGUCGCGCUGUGAUUAGCGAUGAGUGUACAUCCGUGAUCAUAUCGCAACUCAAACACGAUGCUGGGAAAUAAAGAUUACGCGUGUUUUAA